AGGAUUCUGGUACGUGGUGUGAUGUCGCUUCUGAAGGGUGACCUUGCACACACGUAAAGGUAAAGUAUAUCAGUAGAGCUACCGUACAGUUAUACUCUCUCUACUUAAUUCUCUCUUGGGCGUAUAUGCACUCUAGCUAGCAAAAAAAUGUCUUUCAUUUUGUACGGUGUUGGCACUGCAGUUUUAGCUCUAAUUGUGUAUGUGGCUUACAGUUUUGUGAGCAGGCAGAGGAAAGCUGCUGAUUUCAAAAGAAGAGAGAAAAAAGAGUUUGCAAAAGAAGGCACACAGUGGAAAAAAAGCCAGCAUGAAUACUAUGUCGAGAAAUUUUACGGAACUGGAGUGACGGAGAAGCAUGACUUCCAUGGUGGCUAUUUGAACUUUGGAUACUGGGUCGAUGCAAACAAAGACUACAUCAAGGCAAGUGAAGGUCUUCUCUCUCAAGUGGCAGAUUCUGUACGUCUUGGCAAAGAUAGCAGGCUGCUGGACAUAGCGUGUGGUAUGGGAUCUCAAGACAUUUUUUUCUACAAUAAGUACAAACCUGAACACAUCGACAUGCUAGAAGCCACACUCACCCACCAUAUCAUUUGCAAAAAGCGUAUUGAAGAGGGUGGCUUGGAAGAUCAUUUAGCAGCUCACUAUGGAAGUGCUACACAGAUUCCUUUCGAUGAAAACAGUUUUACCCACGUCUUCUCUAUUGAGGGUGGUGUUCACUACAGAUAUCGGAAAAACUUUUUCAAUGAGACUUUUCGUGUUUUGAAGCCUAACGGCUGGAUGUCACUGGCUGAUUAUGCUAUGCCAACGCCUCCUAGGAAUUUUAUCGAAAACUUCUUUGGACGGAUCUGUUCAAGCUUGUGGAACGCACCUUUAGAAAACUGGUGCUCUCCUGAAGUUUUCAAGAAGCGUGUUGAGGAAGCCGGCUUUGUUGAUGUUGAAGUGAAAGACAUUGGAAAACACUGCAUCCCUGGUUACUAUGAAGAGUCGAUUCGACCCGAAAUUCUGAAAGAGUUGACCAAAAUUAGGGGCUGGUUCACUACGUAUAUUCUUUGUCGUAUUCUGGAUGAACUUAUUUUAUGGGCUUUCAAUCAUCGUCUCCUGACAGAAGUGCUAGUUCGGGCUCGUAAGCCGGAGUGAUUUGACAUGUUGUUACUACAGUCAGGCAAGUUUGUCUGUAUUGUUGACAAUGUUAUUACAAUAGGAGUCUAACUUGUUCAUUAUUUUUUUUCUCUUUGUAUGGUUUUAACUUAGUUUCUUAAGUGCGACGUAUUUUUGAAAGCUCUUCCCUUUCGUGAGUUCACGAGGCUAAAAAACGUUUUAACUCGUUAAAAUAA